AUGACUCCAUUCACCAUUGAUAAUCUCCCGUACGGCGUGAUCUCCACCCAUGACAACUCGAGCAAACGUUGUGCGGUCGCGUUCCAGCAGUUCGCCAUAGAUUUGGAUCUACUCUACCGCCAUGACUUCUUUGCAUCCAUCCCAGAACUAGAUGUCAAUGUCUUCGCCGAAGACAAUUGGAACGUAUUUGCUGUUUUACCAUUAAGCACUCGAGCGACCGUCAGGGCCCGAAUCCGAUGUGGUAUUUUGGAUAAGACGAUCAACAAGGCGUUGGUUCCACUGUCCAACGUGGAAAACCACCUACCAAUGCAUACACAUAACUUCUCCGACUUCUACUGCUCUCUCGAGCAUGCAAAGAACUGCACAGAGGUCAUGAAGAUGAAGAUGUCGUCCAACUGGUUCUCCAUCCCGUCGGUGUACAAUGGUCGCACCUCAAGCCUUGCGGUUUCAGGUACUCCCGUCACCCGGCCUUACGGUAUGUAUCCCGAUCCUCAAACCGGGGUGGUCUCAUUCCAACCCGAAUCCAAGCUCGACUUCGAGUUAGAAAUGGGGGUGUGGCUGUCGACCCCCGUGCCACGAGGGCAGCGACUGGACAUCGCCAAGUCCAAGGAGCACAUCUUUGGGUUCACACUCCUCAACGAUUGGUCGUCCAGACAGAUCCAGAAAUUCGAAAUGACGCCUCUAGGCUGCUUCCAUUCCAAAGGCUCCUUGACGUCAGUGAGUCCCUGGAUCGUGCCGAUUGAGGCUCUGGAGCCGUUCAAGUGCGAGAAAAUGGUGCAACAAGACCCUCUGCCAAUGCCCCAUCUGAUGCCUCGGGACGAUGCGGCGCUGACCUACGACAUUGACCUAUCCGUCACGUUGCUCCGAGAUGAGAAGCCGUAUAGACUUUGUGAGAGCAAUCUCAAUACGCUGUACUGGACGCCCAUCCAACAGCUGGCGCACUUGGCAUCGGCCGGGGAGGGAUUAUUAACAGGAGACGUCUUUGGAACCGGGACAAUAUCUUCUAGCACCACGAACUCAGAUGGUGAAAAGAUAGGUCUUGGCUGCCUCGUCGAGCGGGGUCUUCCUCGGACGAUGCUCAAGUCUGCGCCUUCAGACUUACAUGAGACCUUUUUGCAGGAUGGUGAUGAGGUGAUUAUGGAAGGUCGCCUUAUACCCAAGUCGCACUCAUGGAAGAAACAGAGCACCACAAACAGCUCGAGUGAAUCAGUCCAACGACACCAGUUCAGAAUGGCGGCUCAGGUGAACGAUGCGUCGUCGGUUGAUACGACGUCAUAUCCAUACAUCUUCGAGAAGAACGUGUCUGUUCCCUUAAAAAACCAGAGCUUCAUCCGCUGCAAUGUCUACCGGCCAAAAACGUCGGACCCGAGUGAAAAGCACCCGGUUCUUGCCACAUAUGGUCCCUAUGGAAAGGACGUGCACUAUCACUACUUCAACGGUCCGAGUUAUGCAGACCUUAACCCAGACCACAAGACGGAACACUCAGCUUGGGAGACGCCAACUCCGAGCUACUGGACCAAGCAUGGCUAUGUUGUCGUUAGGGCUGACGAGAGCGGCUCGGGUCAGUCUCCUGGUUUCCUCGACUGCCUCUCACCAACCACGAUUGAUAGCUUUUGUGAGCUGAUCGAGUGGGCCUCCGAGCAAACCUGGAGUAACGGCAAAGUCGGUCUCUUGGGAAUCAGCUAUUUUGGUGCGACCCAAUGGCAAGUCGCGGCUCGGAGACCCAAGGGUUUGGCUGCCAUUGUGCCGUGGGAAGGCUUUUCCGACUUCUACCGCGAUGCUACCCGACACGGUGGGAUUCUCUGCAACGCAGGUAUCGACGGAAUCUUCAAGAGACAGAUCGGUCCGAAUCAGUAUGGCCUCCCGGGACGAGCUGCACGAAAUCGGGGCGAUGACACUAUUGAGGGGUCGUUGUCCGAGGCUGAAUUGGCCAUGAGUCGGGUUACCCUCGUUGACCGGGCGCGAGAGGCCCGGUUUCGAGAUGGCGAUCACUACGCGUCGGUAAACUUCAACCUUGAAGACGUUCAGGUACCGUUGCUUAGUGUUGCCAAUUUGGGAGGGAUCCUGCUCCACCUUCGCGGCAAUGUGCAGGGCUACACCCAUGCGGGAUCGGAUUUCAAGUAUCUCCGUUUCAUUGUUGGACGGCAUGACCUUCCUUUCUAUUAUACUGAAGAAGUCGAGAUUCAACGCAGCUUCUUGGACGCCUUUCUACUGGGCCAGGACCGUGUAGGUUGGUCGAGGAAGGGAGCUGUCCCACCGGUCGAUUUGAUUCUGCGAAAAGGAAACGUGGGGUACAAUGAUCCUCAAUCUGAGAGCAAGUUCUUGAGGAGGAAGGAGAAUGAAUGGCCCAUUGCCCGGACGCAGUAUACGCCUCUGUUUCUCCAUCGUGAUGAAACUCUCUCUUGGACUAAACCGAGAACAGAUCUGACGAUGCCGCACAAGGUGGAGUAUCAUGCAUUUGGAGACGGUGACAAUUGCCGUCCCUCUGUGUCCUUUACCUCACCCCAAUUUGAGUCGGAAACAGAGAUCACCGGCCACAUUGUGGUCCGGCUCAACGUUUCCAUGAGCCGCGGUCGCUGGCAGUCGACCACGCCUUCCGACAUGGAUUUGUUCCUGUCUCUCCGUCACAUCGCAUCGUCUGGUGAGGAAGUAUUCUACACGGGGACUACGGGAGAGCCAGCUCCUAUUACGAAGGGCUCCCUGAGGGUGAGUUUGCGACGGACGAACCCUCAGCACCCUCGGCAUCGCCCUUGGCUGCCUCAUCGCGAUUAUCUCUCCACCGAUGUCCUUCCAGUGAUCCCCAAUGAGGUCUACACCGUGGAUGUGGAACUGUGGCCUACAAACGUUGUGGUGCAAAGAGAUGAGCGCCUGGUCCUCGAUAUUGGCGCAUCUGAACUGGCUGGCAGUGGUCUAUUCCAGCAUGAUGACCCAAGUGACAGGCCAGAAACCGUCUUUAAAGGGAACAAUCAUGUGCACUUCGGGGCCAAUUACGAUAACUGGAUCAGCCUGCCCGUCAUUCCCAACGGCAUCUGA